AUGGCGGGUGUUGGGGCGGCGGGACGGUGGGUGCGGAGGGCGGGGGUCCUGGCCAGGCCGAGGCCCGGGGCCGGGCUCUGCGGGGGCCCUCCACAGGCCCGGCAGGCUGGGGGCGCGGUCCAGGACCCGCUCACCGUCCGCACCCAGCAGGCUGGCAUCAGGAAUAUUGUGCUGAAUAACCCAAAGAAACGGAAUGCCCUCUCACUGCCGAUGCUGAAAUCCUUGCGCAUGGACCUUCUUCAUGAAGUGAAAAGCAUUGAUCUUCGAGUUAUAAUUAUUUCAGCUGAGGGACCUGUAUUUUCAUCCGGACAUGAUCUUAAGGAGCUGACUACGACACAAGGAGAGGAUUAUCAUGCCCAAGUUUUUUCAGUCUGCAGUGAAGUGAUGAUGCUGCUUCAGGAUCUCCCAGUGCCAGUCAUUGCCAAAGUCAACGGGCUGGCCACGGCUGCCGGCUGCCAGCUCGUGGCGAGUUGUGACAUUGCCGUGGCGUCGGACAGGUCAGAGUUUGCCAUGCCAGGUGUCAAGGUCGGUCUGUUCUGCUCCACCCCAGCCGUGGCCGUCGGGCGGUCGGUCUCUCGGAAGGUUGCCUUAGAAAUGCUGUUUACAGGAGACCCUAUUUCUGCCCAUGAUGCAUUGCAACAUGGGCUUGUUAGCAGAGUGGUGCCUGAGGACAAGUUGGAUGAAGAGACAAUGAAAAUUGCCCGCAGAAUCUGUGAAACCAGCAGAUCUGUUGUUGAACUGGGAAAAACUACAUUCUACAAGCAAAUGGUCCAGGAUUGGAAGAAGGCCUAUCAGAUUGCUUCACAAGUCAUGGUGGACAACUUAGCACUGAAGGACGGACAGGAAGGAAUCGAAGCCUUCCGGCAGAAGAGGAAACCAGUCUGGUCACAUUCCACAGAGCGGGUGCACUAAUAAACUUGUUUGGUAUUUGGGUGCGGGCGGUGAUCUGUUAACUAUUUAACCCUAAGAUUGAUAAAGAGCUGACGUGAAAUCUAAAUAUAGAACUCUGUAAAUUUCCAAACAUGAGAUUGGUAAAUUGGUUUAUUAUUGUCACACGUACCAAGGUACAGUGAAAAACUUUGUUUUGCAUGCCAUCAUUUAACGUGAUUGAAUUCACUUUAGAGAUUGCAUUGUAAAUAGGAAAUAAAUAUAAUUUUGCUGUAAAAAAAACACAACUGGACAUUAUAAAAUCAAAAAUCAUGAGGAGGCUAGUCAGCCGAUCAUGCUGUAGCUAUCCCAUUUGGUCCUAACUAUCCUGCUCUUAAUCCCAAAGUUUGUAGAACUUUCUGAUUCAAGCAUUUCU